UGAGCAGCCGAAGAACCUGCCCGCAGUCAAUAAAGCUGGAGGGGCGAGGCCGAGCCAAUCAGCGCCACCGGAGAGGCACCAACCCAGCCCGGAAAGCCUGACCCCCAACAACCGCCUACCUGAAGCCGGCCAGAGGCAGGAAAUCGCCGGGCCGUGAGAUCAGCGGCAGCUCUUCCGGCCGAGGAGAGACGCGCAGGUGUGGCUGAGCCGCUCCGUCGGGAGGCAGCGCAGAAGUCCGGGCGCCAUGCGGGGCAAGGACGACGAGUACGACUACCUCUUCAAGAUUGUCCUCAUUGGGGACUCGGGCGUCGGGAAGAGCAACCUGCUUUCGCGCUUCACCCGGAAUGAGUUCAACCUGGAGAGCAAGAGCACCAUCGGGGUGGAGUUUGCCACGCGCAGCAUCCAGGUGGACAACAAGACUGUGAAGGCCCAGAUCUGGGACACGGCUGGGCAGGAGCGCUACCGGGCCAUCACUUCCGCCUACUACCGAGGGGCAGUCGGGGCCCUCCUUGUCUAUGACAUUGCCAAGUACCUGACCUAUGAGAACGCCGAGCGCUGGCUGAAGGAGCUGCAGGACCACGCAGACGCCAACAUCGUCAUCAUGCUUGUGGGCAACAAGAGCGACCUGCGACACCUACGGGCCGUGCCCACCGACGAGGCCAAGAGCUUUGCAGAGAAGAAUGGCUUGUCUUUCAUUGAGACGUCCGCUCUGGAUUCCACCAACGUGGAGACGGCCUUUCACAACAGCCUGGCAGAAAUCUACCGGAUUGUAUCCCAGCGACAACUUGCAGGAGGGCAGCCUGAGACAGAGUUCAGCCAUGGGACCACCAUCGAGCCCAUCAAAGUCUUGCCCACCCAGCAGGAAGCGAGGCAGACCCCUUGUUGCCAGAACAUCUAACCUGUGGUGGGAAAGGAGAGGGGCCAGCUCCCCUAAGACCUACUUGCUCUGCGCCCUGCAAAACCCAUUUCUCCACACUACUUGAAGCUACCCCGUGGUUGCAGCUGAGGCCCAGCCCUGGAUUCUCCUUGGAGGCUGCUCUUCAGCCUCUGACAGAUUUGGUGGGGGGGGGGGAGGGAAGCAUGGAGGAGCCUCUGAACAGACUCUUGAGGUUCUUGUGGUUUGCCAACUCUUUGCCCUUCUGGUUGGUAGGCAGCAGCUAGCCUGGUCUUGAGAGAACUUGAGGGAGAGCCACUGGCAUUUUGGUCCUUGAGGGUCCACCCUCCUGGGUGGCCACCAGCAGAUGAAAAGGUCUCCGCUCAUGGCUUCUUCCAAGGCUAUUUUGGGGGACGGGAUGCAUCUUUAAAACACUUUCCCCACAUGAUCUCAAGUUCUUUGGAUGACUUUAAAAGUCCCUGGGCUGCCCGGGAGCUUCAUGGCUGAUGCCCAGGGCGAACCUUGCAUCCAAGGUAGAGCCUGGCCUGCACAUCUGCCUCAGCUGGACCCUCCCCUGAGUCUGUGAGGAGUGGGGUUUCCUUGGUGAUUGUCUCUGUGUGCCUGUCGCAGAAAUGCAACUUGCUGGUCCAGCGUGACCUCUGUUUGAGGUUGAGGAAGACCCUCUUGGCCACAGGACCCUCCCAGGAGGUCCUCCUUGCCAGUCACUGACGUGGACUUGAGUCUCACUAUCCGACACCCCCAACAAUCUACCUCUCUCCCCCCUCCCCUCUUUUCCCCUCUGCCAGAAUUGGCUCCUCCUUACCUUUGUGUCUUGCAAAUAUUUUCUGAGGCAGUUCUGGAAAAGGGAGUGUUAUUUUUCUGGAAUUCUCACACUGUUUGUGCCUGGAGAAACCGGUUCCUGUAGGGUCCAGCGGGGACCCCAUUUCGGUGGCUGCCUUUUGAAAAUCCACAAGUGGGGGUGGGGGGGGUGGGGGUGGGUGAACCUCCGAGGGUAUUUCUGGAUGUUCUCCAAAGCCUUCCCAGCGGAGUUUUAUUGCGGUUUUGCUCCAGUUGUGUAAAUAAUAAAACACGGGAAUUUUAAUGUGUGCCAUGUGGUGGUCUGGAAUUUGUGUUUAAUGUCAUCUGUGGGAUUUUGAGUAUUUAAA